GGCGCAGACCACAACUCCAGCAUCAACCAAAGCGACUGGGCCGAGCGCGUGAGGAAGGCAGUCCUAUUCGCGGACAAGGAUCCUGAGGUGCUGAUAGUUGGCGGAGACCAGGCCGGUCUUCAAACCACAGCUCGGCUGAAGCAGCACAAGGACAUCCAUCUGAUCAUCGAGAAGAACGCCCGUAUCGGAGAC